GUGUCUUUUCCUUCUCCUUAUAUAGCGGGACUAGAGGAGAUGGCAAUAGCUCAAUUACCAAAUCCUCGUCCUGAUCACCAGUCAGCCCUUCCUGUCACUAAUUACCCUACACCAGACCCAGCUCCCACAUCAGGUUCAUUUGCUCCAAAGGUCGCUCCACCUUCAACGCCAGCUAGCCCCGUUUCGACUACAGAGACUCUGUCUUCCUUGCCAGCACCUGUCACAGGUCUCGGGCUGCCAGCAGCUACUAUCCCCAUCCAGCAGGAAAUUACCACAACUCUGGCAGCCAGAACUACGGAGGAUGUCAUUGCCGAUCUCAAGCGUUCCUUUGGCACUUCUAAUAAGUUGAGCCCUUCAAAAAGUUCCCGAGGCCCCCCCUCUCCUCACUCAGAUGAAUCGAAGCCUCCGGGUUCUGUGCAUGUCUUGCCUACUGAUGGACACGAGGAAUCAGACCUUGAGAAUGGUGAAAAUGAGGAUGAUGAUGACGAUGACGAUGACGACGAUGAGAUCCGUACUUCUGCAAAGCCGAGGAAAAUUUCUGAGCGCAAGAGAAGAAUGAACGCCAUUGCAGACAAUUAUAUCCAGGAAUCCAUCCUAAGGUCUAUCAAGGAGGAUAAUCAGGUCAAGCCCGGAGAUGAAGUAAAUCAAUCUGCUAGAUGGCUUGUCAAUCAAUCCGAAAGUCAGGAGAUCAUCUCAACCCCAAGAGAGUACCAAACCGAACUUUUCGAAAGGGCCAAGGAGAAAAAUAUUAUUGCUGUCUUAGAUACAGGCUCUGGUAAAACUUUGAUUGCGGUCCUGCUUCUUCGUCACAUUUUUGCUCAAGAGUUGGAAGACAGAGCAAUGGGCAAGCCCAAGCGUAUAUCUUUCUUUCUGGUCGAUUCUGUGACCCUGGUUUUCCAGCAACAUGCAGUCCUCAAGGCCAAUCUUGACCAACCAAUGAACAUGUUUUGUGGCGAUAUGGGCUGCGAUUUAUGGAGCAGAGAACUUUGGGAGAAGCACUUCAAUGAAAACAUGGUGAUUGUCUGCACUGCUGAAGUCCUUCGCCAAUGCCUUCAUCACUCUUUCAUAUCGAUGGAUCGCAUCAAUCUUCUAAUCUUCGACGAAGCUCACCAUGCAAAGAAGGACCACUCAUACGCCAGGAUCAUCAAAGACUUCUACGUAUCAGAAGAAAAUAAAACUUCACUUCCAAAGAUCUUCGGGAUGACUGCGUCGCCUGUAGACGCUAGAGUUGAUGUCAGAACAGCUGCCGCUGAAUUGGAAGCCCUUUUGCAUUGCGAGAUUGCUACUGCGAAGGAUGGUAUGUUGGCUGGAUACAAGAUUACAUCGCAACAAGAGCAACUUGCCAAAUAUUCGACGUUGGGACCAGUGUUUGAGACACCCCUUCAUCAGAAGAUGUAUGAGAGGUUCAAAACUAAUCCUGUCUUCAAGAAGCCUCUAUUGUACUCACAUGAGGUGACAAAAGAGCUAGGACCUUGGUGUUCAGACCAAGUGUGGCCUUUUGUUCUGAGUGAUCAUGAAGCCAAGAAGCUCUUAGCCAAGACCGAGCGCCAGUAUCAUGCCCGGAAGGUUGAGGAGCCAUUGGAGGUUCUAGAACAGCGUAAGCUCCAACUUCAAGAGGCCCAAGAUAUUGUGAAGGCCUGGAACUUUGAUCCACCUCAUCUGGAUGCGUCAGGCUCGUCCAAGAACCUGUCUUCGAAGGUCGUACUGCUUGUCCAGUACCUGAGGGAAAGGUUUGAACGACCGACUGAUGAUAAAGUCAUCGUGUUUGUGAGACAGAGAUACACUGCCAGCCUCCUUGCUAGGCUAUUUUCUCACUCACACAUCGGGACUCCUUAUCUCCGUGUUGAUACUUUGGUUGGCUCCAAAACUGGAGAUGCAGGAGAUUUGCAUGUGUCUUUCCGCCAACAGGUUGUUACGAUGAUGAACUUCCGAAAAGGUGUUGUCAACUGUCUUUUUGCAACAUCUAUCGCCGAGGAAGGUCUUGAUAUUCCGGAUUGUAACCUUGUGAUCCGUUUUGACCUUUACACAACCCUGAUUCAGUAUAUUCAGUCGAGGGGCCGCGCCAGGCAUACGAACUCCAGGUAUAUUCACAUGUACGAGGAGCAUAAUCUGGACCAUAUUCAAAUUAUUCAAGAAGUCCGUCGGAAUGAAAGCAUACUGAAAAGAUUUUGCAACGCUCUUCCAGAGAACAGACUAGUCACAGGCAGUAGCUUUGAUAUGGAUCAUUUCUUGGCCAAGGAGAGAUCGCAUCGCGUCUACAAAGUACCCGAAACGGGUGCAAAGCUUACUUACAAAAUGAGCCUCAUGGUUCUUGCGAAUUUCGUCGACUCGUUACCUCGCAGUCCAGAUAGUAUCCCCAACCCGGAGUAUGUCAUUACUGUCCAGAACAAGCUAUUCAUAUGCGAAGUAGUUCUCCCAGAAGCAUCACCAAUUCGAGGAGCUGUUGGGCGUCCAUGCUCUACCAAGCAAGUAGCAAAAUGCUCUGCAGCUUUCGAAACAUGUCUCCUGCUAAGAAAGGGUAAGUACUUGGAUGAAUGGUUACUGCCCACGUUCACCAAGCAACUGCCAGCCAUGCGCAAUGCCCUUCUUGCUGUCGACUCGAAGAAGCGGGAAGAAUAUAACAUGCGCACAAAACCGGACAUGUGGUCUGCCGGAAGCAUCCCCGAUGAGUUGUUCGUGUCAGUCCUAAGCCUGGACCAGCCAGAAUGUCUUGAUCGUCCAUCACAACCAUUAGCUCUAUUGACAAGGUCGCGACUCCCACAGCUUCCGUCAUUCCUCUUGCACUUUGGUGCUGGCCGGAAGUCACCCGUUCAAAUCACGUCUUUUGCCCAGCCUCUGAAGGUCAACGCUUCUACUCUCCAUGAAAUUAAUACUUUCACGCUCUGUAUCUUCGACGAUGUAUUCAGCAAAGGUUAUGAGGCCGACGAAGCAAAGAUGCCAUAUUUCCUUGCCCCGGUCAAGUCACAUGGCUCUAUAGAUCAAUGUUGUGACCCAUCCGAGGUGAUUGCAUGGGACAUUAUCAAGAGCAUAGAGGAUUACCAGUCGAAAUGGGGUGACCAACCUUGGGAGAAUAAAGCAUGGCAGGAUGCGCCGGAUGAGUAUUUUAAAGAUAAGUUUAUUGUCGACCCUUGGGAUGGCUCUCGCAAGUUUUGGUCCCUGGGAGUAGACCCUCAGUUUAAGCCAUUGGACCCUGUUCCCGCCAAUUCGGCAUCUCGCUCUGGAGCACGGAAGAACAAUGAUAACAUCAUGGAGUACAGCUGUAGUCUGUGGGCGAAGGCCAGAGCUCGUCGAACGUUCGAUGAGAAUCAGAGGGUCAUUGCGGCCAGACUCAUAUCCCUGCGCCGCAAUCUUCUUGAUGAAUUCGAUACCUCAGAAGUCGAAACCUCUAAGCAAUGUUGGGUAAUUAUGGAGACACUCAAAAUAUCACCUCUUCCUGCAACUGUUGCUGCUAUGGCAUAUCUGUUCCCUGCAAUCAUACACCGAGUCGAGUCAUACCUCAUUGCCCUCGAGGCUUGCGCCUUGCUACAUCUUAAUAUUCGUCCGGAGCUUGCUUUGGAAGCUGUGACCAAGGACUCGGACAAUUCAGGCGAACAUGGCACCGAACAAAUCAACUUUCAGCGUGGCAUGGGUAACAACUAUGAGCGUCUAGAAUUCCUCGGUGAUUGUUUCUUGAAGAUGGCAACUUCGAUAUCUCUCUACGGUAUAUAUCCGGAUAACGACGAAUACAGCUAUCACGUUGAUCGUAUGAUGUUGAUUUGCAACAAAAAUCUCCGCGACAAUGCGGUCAAGCUGAAACUUUACGAAUAUAUCCGCUCUCAUAGUUUCAACAGACGAGCAUGGUACCCCGAGGGUCUUGUUCUCAAGAAAGGCAAGACUGCGAAAGCACCAAAUUCCCAUCAUCUCGGUGAUAAGACUAUUGCAGACGUUUGCGAGGCUUUGAUCGGUGCUGCUCUUCUCACCUGCCAUGACUCUAAGGAUAUGGACAACGCUGUCAGGGCGGUUACUGAGUUGGUCUCCAGUGAAAAUCAUAACGUCACCAGAUACUCUGAUUACUACAAGCUCUACAAGAAGCCAAAGUAUCAGACUGCCGGUGCUACGGCAGCACAACGCGAUUUGGCGCGACAGCUAGAAGAAAAACACGCCUACCAUUUCAAAUAUCCUCGUCUUGCCCGAUCAGCCUUUGUUCAUCCAUCGUAUCCCUUCUCAUAUGAGCAUAUCCCGUCUUAUCAGCGACUCGAAUUCCUGGGAGAUGCGCUUCUUGACAUGGCUUGUGUCAAUUUCCUUUUCCAUGAGUUCCCUGCGCAUGACCCUCAGUGGCUUACCGAACACAAGAUGGCGAUGGUGUCCAAUCAAUUCCUGGGAGCCCUUUGCGUAUCACUUGGAUUUCAUAGACAUUUGCUUCUCUUCAAUGCCACCUUUCAGAAGCAGAUCGGGGACUACGUGACUGAGAUCACUGAAGCCCGCAUCCAAGCUGAGGAAGACGCCCUUCGAGCCGGCAAGACCCGUGAGGAAUGCUCACCCGAUUAUUGGCUUGCUGUGCGUCAACCACCGAAGUGCCUUCCUGACAUCGUCGAGGCAUACGUCGGUGCUGUCUUCGUCGAUUCCGAAUACGACUAUAGAGAGGUCGAGCGUUUCUUCGACGAACACAUCAGAUGGUUUUUCAAGGACAUGUCCAUCUAUGACACCUUCGCCAACAAACAACCUACUACUUUCCUAACCAAGUUUCUCCAGGUUAACAUGGGCUGUAUGGACUGGUCGGUUGUCACUCGCGAGAUCCCUACUAUCGAUGGAAGCAAGCCGGCCGUUAUGGCGGUUGUCAUGAUACAUUCCCAGGUCGUAGCGGAUUUCAAAGCGGAAAGUAGUCGAUAUGCGAAAGUCGGGGCUGCGAAAAAGGCAUUAGAGAUCUUGGAUGGUUUGCCUUUGCCUGAGUUUAGGCAGGAGUAUGGUUGUGAUUGUCAGGCUGAGGUUGAUGAGGCUGAGGCUAAUGGAAAGCAUAUUCAUGGCACUGCGGUUUGAGGGCGGAGUUGGCUGCUGGCGUUGUGAUGACUUAUAUGGCGUCGACUGGUCACGAUUUGUGUGACGAUGAUAGACACGGCUCAUUGUUUCUACACGACUUCUGAUAUGCACCACAUUCUUAAGGUUCGGAGUCUGGGAAUCAAGUUAUCCAAAAUCAAUUUCCGGAUCCAAUAAACUGCCCCUUCCGUGAAUCUUUCGU